UGUAAUUUUGAAUACGGACUCACAAUUAUUCAAAAUCGCGAAAUGGAUUGCUACGAGGUCAAUUUCAACAGAUCAUGGGCAGAGUAUGCAACUGGAUUUGGUAAACCUUAUGCUGACUAUUGGCUUGGUUUGCAACACCUAUACGACAUUCUACAGAAUCAUCUUAGAUUUGUUCUCGCCGUCAAAUUGAAACUAGAUGGCACAGAAUACCAAAGUUAUUAUAACAACUUUGAUAUUACGGAUACUGCCAACGGCUUUCAAUAUAGUUCAAAUAGAUAUAAUGCGGGAGUUGGGAUUGGGACCGGGGACUCUAUAGGUCAACUAUUUUCUACAUAUGAUAAUGAUCAUUCUGGACAGAAUUGCGCUAAUCGCUUUCAUGGUGGAUGGUGGUAUACGUCCUCAGUAACUUGCUCUCUUGCAAACCUCAACGGGGAAAGAAAUGGCCCAAAUUUUGAGUCGACUAUCCAUUGGUCGAAUGAUAAAGGUCAAAGAACUGAUUUUGACUAUGUUUUGAUGUGGAUAGAUCGCAAAAAUUGA